UUGAGCCAUGUGCGUCCAUGUGCUCUGUCUUUCUCUUCUAGCCCCACUCUUAAAAUUUCACUUCAUUUCCUUUGAUCCAAUAAAUGCCUCCACACUCUCUCAUUUCUUCUAUUAAUUCUCUCUUCUUCAGUCUAAUCUCUCUCCCUCUCUCACUCUCUCUCUCGUUUCUUUUUAGGGUUUAAAGUUUCAGACACAAUCGAGCUACGUGGAUAUCUAAAAAUAGAAGUAAGCGUCAUGAUGAGCAGUUAUAACAUGGUUAAGCAAGAAUUUAUCAAGAAAUGGAUAACUACUCUCCACAUAUUAGAUUGUUCUGUUGAACAUCCCUUGAACGUAACCGAGAGGAAAAAUGCGAUAAAACUGUCAUCGGAUAUAGCCAUGGCAGCCGCUAGAAGCAGCUCUACUGUAUGGAGCCGCGCUCUCAUCUCUAGGAGCGGAAACAAGACGGCCAACAAACCUAUGGCUCGUCGAGUACUGAAAAAAGCUCGAAAUCGGAUGAAGAACCGUUGUCUCACUCUUAGACGAAAUGGAAAUUUCACAGCGAAAAGUGGAGUGAGAAGACGUACGGAGUUGCUUAAGCGUCUUGUACCUGGAGGCGAGUUAAUAGAAAACAAAGAUUAUUUGAUAAGAGAGACACUUGAUUACAUCGUCUAUCUCCGAGCGCAAGUGGACGUUAUGCGAACCGUCGCAGCAGUAGAUUCAGUAACCGGAAACUUAACGAACGAUAACAACUAAAUGUGCAUGCAUUUCCGCACUCUUGUGCAUAUGAAGUAGCUAAUGACUUAGAUGAAGGUCCACAUGUAUGUACAAUUAAUAUAAAAUUAAGCUAUGGGUUAAUUUCAUUAGAAGACUAAUGGGAUAUGAUCUCAUAUUAAUGAGAUAUUAUCCCAUAUCAUCUAUUCAAUGUAAAUUGAUUGUAAUUAUAUGAUUGUACCUGUUUAGGAAACUACAUAUUCUCUCAUCUCCAUAUAAACAUGUAAAUGUGUUUCGUGAAUGAAAUAAGAAAAUAUUCUUCUUUUUA